GCUGGCACAACGGUGUGGAUGGGGUUUCUGUGCUCGGUUAUAAUUUCCACUGAGCAGCAUCCGUUCUGUGAUAAACCGCAAAAUCUCAACACCCCGAAAACCGGCCGCCGAGAGAAGCCCCCAAACCACUGGGCGAUAAAAUCACCACCCACUGGGUGCCGGUGACAAGAGGGUCACCCCUUGAUAACGCGCCGUCGAGUCGCGAGACUACCGGCGUUCCAACGGCAUCACAAACCAUUUAACCCCCGAUAAAUCGCGCCCCGGGGGUAUAAACCACCGUCAAACGCUCCACACAUCACCCUGCACUUCACCAGGACCUCUUGGCCGGAGAAAAACCCGAGUGAUUCGUGCGUUGGGGGCAGUCUGCUGCCCGCUGGGCCGAUAACCUCCACAAUCGCCUCCGAACCCCCGAAAUUCCGCAUAAAAAACCCCAAAAGCAAAUCAAUACCCCAGCAAAAGCCCCCACAACCCCAGGAGAACCCUCUCCCAUCCGAGCCCCAGCAGUCACCCCCACAAACCCCCAGCAACAUGAAGCUCGUGGACAACGUGGUGAGGAGCUUCAAGGUAGCCAAGGUCUUCCGUGAAAACACAGACCGAAUAAACAGCAUCGACUUCUCCCAGAGUGGUGACACCCUCAUAUCCUGCUCCGAGGACGAUCAAAUAGUCAUCUACGACUGUGAAAAGGGCACCCAAAUGAGGACAGUUAACUCCAAAAAAUACGGUGUCGAUUUAAUUCACUUCACACACGCCAAGAACACCGCCAUCCACAGCUCCACAAAGGUCGACGACACAAUACGUUACCUCAGCCUUCACGACAACAAGUACAUCAGGUAUUUUCCUGGCCACACGAAGAAGGUUGUGUCGCUGUGCAUAAGUCCUGUGGAGGAUACGUUUUUGUCUGGCUCAAUGGACAAGACUCUCAGACUCUGGGACCUUCGUUCACCCAAUUGCCACGGGGUGAUGAAUGUCUCGGGGCGCCCAGUGGCUGCUUACGAUCCCGAGGGCCUCAUCUUCGCUGCUGGUGUCAACUCGGAGUGCAUCAAGCUCUACGAUCUCAGGAGCUUUGACAAGGGGCCCUUUGCAACGUUCAAACUCUCCCAGGAGAAAGAGUGCGACUGGACUGGCCUCAAGUUCAGCAGAGAUGGCAAGACCAUUCUCAUAUCCACCAAUGGCAGCAUCAUCAGGCUCAUCGAUGCAUUCCAUGGUACACCUCUUCAAACUUUUGCUGGCUAUCUCAAUAACAAGGGCAUUGCCAUUGAGGCGAGCUUCAGUCCUGAUUCACAGUUCGUUUUUAGUGGCUCAACUGAUGGUAGGGUUCACGUUUGGAAUGCUGACAGUGGCUGCAAAGUUUGUGUUCUCAAUGGUGAUCAUCCCGCUCCUGUUCAGUGCAUACAGUUCAAUCCAAAGUACAUGAUGCUCGCCUCUGCCUGCACCAAUAUGGCUUUUUGGUUACCCACUGUCGAGGAGACUUCGUAAAUUGGGGUUCACUCUGGAUUGGAGUUUUUGGAAGGAUUGGGGGCCCGUGGGAUGAUCUCAGAGAUGAUGAGUUAUGAUGAUUCUUUUUUUUUAUUGUAUAUUGAGUGACGAUUAUGGACACACGAAAAAUGUGAGAUGCAUUUUUUUUUUCUUUAUUUUUUUUUCGUCUUUGGUUCAUUCACCUCCUCUUAACAAUUUUUUUCUUUGAGAUUUUUUGGAGGAAUUCGCGGGGAGAUUUGGGUGAUAAGGAGAUGUUCAUUAGGGUUGAUAAGAUAUACCAAUUAGUAUUGACGAUUUCUGUACAUAGAUGAUGAUUCUGGGGACUUUUAUAUGUUUGAGAUGAUUUUUUCGUCGAGUCUGAUUAAAUUCAAGAUUUGAGCCGGAUAUCUCCGUGAGGACUGGGUUUACGGGAAUUUGUUGUAAGACCCUUUUUGUGGGGAAUUUAAUGCUCUACGAAAAAGGUCUUGUGCGUUUUUUUUCUAGACCCCACGGUUUUCCGGAUAUUCGCGAAAAAGUAAAUGCCUUUUUUACAAAUUCAUUAUUUUCUUUCUUCAAUCGCACGAAUCAUCGAGACUCGAUUAGUCAUCUUAUUAGUCAUUAAUCUGAAACACUAGAUCGAUUGAAUAGUCUCUUCUCCAACGAGUCUCCUCUUUCUACCAAUUAAACACAUUCCCCCUUGUCCUCUCAUUUUAAUCACAAUUAAGAGAAGAUGAAAAAAUUAUGACGAUUAUCGAAUUGAAUCUACGUAAUAACUAUGUGAUGGAAAACUUUAUAGUGUGACAUGAUAUGAGUGUUCAAAAGGUGUAUGUACCUAUUUAUCGAUAUGGGCGAAUUUAUUAUGCGAAUGUACGUGCAACCCUAUGUAAUAUAGUAUUUUUUUAUAUAAAAAAUUAUCAGAAUUAUUAUACGUAAUUAUAGUUCAUUGCUGGAUUCAUUUGUAUUUGAUUGUAUGAUAAUUGCACAUAAUUGCAUACAGGAAAUAAUAAUUGAGUUCUUUAUCAA